GGAUACCGUACAAAACGCAUCGAUGAAUGAUCCAUCAGUGACACAUACCUGGGACAGCUUUGAAAGUGCAUGUACUUGCAGUACUUAAAACCAAUUUUGAUUCCGAUCACUCUCCGGGCGACAAGCUCGUUACCGUGUAUAUCCACCUUCUUUGACGAAUGCAAAUUGUGGGAAUUUUGAGGCUGCUGUUCUCCUUAUUUUUCGUGAAACGCUGUCAAGAGAUUCAUUUUUGACACCAAAAUGUUGUCGCUUGAGGACAUUGCUGAGAAUCAGGAUAUUUUCCAGCGCCAUUUGCUGCCAUAUCUUCCAAUCGUAGAGGUUGUAAGAUUGCAGCGUGUGUCAACAAGAUUUGGGUCUCUUAUCAACGAUGAAAGCUGCUGGAAGAUUCUUUCUGAGCGGGAUUUCGAAGUCGACAACAAAGCAGCACCAGAAUACAAUCCACAUACGAAAAGCUUCGAUAACUUGACGGAUCAGGAAAAUUUCAAAAAGUCUUACCAACAGUGGGCGGAAUGGAGGCAGCAAACCUGCUUCGCGAUCGAACCACGCCAUAUGAUACAAUCUAUUGGAUUGUGGUCACGUUGCAAAGCGGUUUUAAGAAAGCAAAAUCUAGACAAAAUUGUUGAAUCCCUCAUGCCACCACCAAGUCGAGAAUUUUUCGAAGUUGCCGCGGAGACUACGCUUCCAUCGUCUCUUCUCGCAUUCUAUGCUAUACAUGCCGGUCAGUCUCAGUUGACACCACGAAGUUCAGAUGACGACUUUUUUGCGGGUUUGUUUGGAAGCUAUUCGUGUUACAAUUCUUUCUUCUCGAUGCGACUUUUUCAUGUAAGCGAAGCCGCCGUUGCUUCGAUUUCAAAUUCUAUCUGGGUAGUUGGGUUGAACCUGGGAAUGCCACGAACGUUUUUAGUACUCGACUUGAGCAAUGUCGACGAAGGACUCGAAGGUUCAAUGUACUUUGGAUAUCAAGGAAUGAAUCAUGCCCAUUUAGUUUGUCAGGGUGGGAUCUUAUCUUAUUUUGAAACAUAUGUUGAAAGACUUGAAAGCAGCAUGUAUACUUCGUGCAUUAUUCAUCCAGAUUCUCCUACAUCGUUGGGUCUUUCUUUGUUCCCUGAAACCGGUGACACUGUCAGCGUUGCUGUCUCUCACGGCGUGGAAGUACGAGCUAGUGCUAGAUGGUUUCCCGAACGCACAUACGACGGACCAAUGAAUUUUGGUUACAGCAUUCGUAUCACCUUAGCAGAAAGCGACUCUGAUAGCGGGGAAGUGUCCUGUCAACUUGUGGGCCGAAACUGGGAAUUUCGUUACGAAGAUGGUACUGUGAAUCGUGUCCAAGGAGAAGGGUGUAUAGGAAAGCAACCUCUAUUCUUCCGAAAUCGAGACGGCACGUCGGGUUAUAUCGACUUGGGACCAGCAGGAACCGGCGAAGCUAAUCUUAAUUCUACCUUUCGAUAUCAGAGCCAAUCCGGUCCAGUUCCAGGCACUUCUUCGAAUAAUGUGGCGAAAACUACCAAUUGCCGCGUCAAAGGGACAUUCAGUUUUCGACCCGGAAGUAUCGAGGAACCAAACGGGUCUCUGUUUUUUGUGACUGUUGGUGAAUUCCCUCUACGUGUUCCUAUGCCGUUCUACUAGAGCGCUAUAGUUGGUCCGCAUUCCAAUAUCUACUACUAGAUCAACAACAAGAAUGGGUUUUGGAGAUUGAGUUCUGUACUAUCAAUAGUGCACCAAUACUACUUCUCGCAACUACUACUACUGCUGUACUACUAGUAGUAAUUGUUGUCUUGGACUGGUCAAACGCCCGUGCUGGCUUCUCCUCCCUGGUGCUAGUAGAGUGAUAGCUGGUACUAGUAGUGGUGUGGCGAAUGCUGCUAUGAGGGAUUUUUCAUUGCGAACACAACAAGUAAUGAAAACAACAACAAGAA